AUGCCUGGCACCGCAGGGUUCUGGCCCGCCGUGGAGCCUCCCGCAGGUGGUGCAGAACUCUUGUUCGAUGGUGUCAAAAAGCAUCAGGUGACUUUGCCCUGUCAACCAGAGCCUUGGGAUAUCAGAAACCUGCUAAAGUGGAUCAAACAGAAUCUCUUGAAAGAACGACCAGAAUUAUUUAUGCAAGGGGAAUCUGUGAGGCCAGGAAUUCUGGUGCUCAUCAACAACGCAGACUGGGAACUAAUGGGUGAGCUGGAUUAUAAACUCCAGGACCAGGAUAAUGUGCUUUUCAUCUCGACAUUGCACGGCGGAUGAACUCCUGGAAAAAACAAGUGGAUGUAAAUCAAAAUCCCUGGACAAAACCCCCAAACCUAACCCACCCAAACCUCUAUUGAACUGCUUAUGCCCGGUCUAUGCGCCUUCUCACUGCGUUCACUUGUUUCUAGACAUCCAAAUAAAGCCUUGGCGGCGUGCAGCCUGCUGCCCCACAACAGCGUCCAUCUUUUGAUCCUCAUUUCACCUCUCCUGACCACACUUCCAGGUACCCUAACGAGCAGAGAACACCUGCAGCACGUGUGACUUUGUUUUUCCAUGGCAGGAGCAAGAGGGGGUGCUGAACC